GAGUGGCAGCUGGACUUGCCCGCUGCGAGGGGCAGGGCGCCGCAGUGCCGUAGUAGUGGGCAGCCGAGGCGCACCUCUUGGGAGCCGCGGGUACUGGGGCCGGCAGAGACCCCCGGCGCUGCCUAACCCCAACCGGGCAGCCCGAGCUCCGCGGCGCCCAGUCGCGCUCCAUCCCCCUCCCCAGGAGGGCUGCGCGGGCGGGAAGACGCCCAGACGCCAGCUUCGGUCCCCUUUCAGUCUCUCGGUUCCUCUUUCCACCCAAGUAAGGGAAUAAGCCCCGAGGAAGGAGCGCUCCGCAGAAUCGCGCAACCAAGUGUUGCAUGCUGAGGAGGAGCAGAGACUUCUGAAUUUACCUUGUCUACAGACUGAAGGAUGUUUCCUGAGAAAUAUCAGAGGUCUUCAUCUGCUGAAAGGUGCCCGCAGCUGCCGUAGACACUUGGGUCCUUGAGAAGUCUCCUGAAGGGCUUGUCUAUUGUGUACCUGCAAUGAACCAAGCCCCAGGCUGGGCCUCGGCUUUAGCCUGGUGAACAAAACUCUGUCCCUAACCUCACGUGCUCACAUCUAGCAAAGAUGAGUGAAGAACGGUGGGUCUCCCUCACUCCAGAAGAAUUUGGCCAACUCCAGAAAUACACAGAAUAUUCUACCAAGAAGAUAAAAGACGUCUUGGCUGAAUUUAAUGAGGGUGGGAGCCUCAAACAAUAUGGCCCACAUGAGCCAAUUAGCUAUGAUGUCUUCACGCUGUUCAUGAGGGCAUACCUGGAGGUGGACCUUCCUCAGCCACUGAGCACACACCUCUUCCUGGCCUUCAGCCAGAAGCCCAAACAGGAGACCUCUGACCACCCAAAGGAGGGGGCCAGCAACAGCGAGGCCAGUGGCCCAGAUUCCGACAUACAGAAUGCAGAUAAUGCUGCCAAAGCAGACGAGGCCUGUGCCCCAGAUACGGAAUCAAAGAUGACCGAGAAGCAAGUGCCAGCUAAAGACCAAGCGGCUGCGACCCCUCUGGGAAACCCUGUUGUUCAGUCUCCAGGCUCAGAAUCCCCCACAGUGUACCUGAAGGACGUCGUGUGUUACCUGUCCCUGCUGGAGACGGGGAGACCUCAGGAUAAGCUAGAGUUCAUGUUUCGUCUCUAUGAUUCAGAUGAGAACGGUCUCCUGGACCAAGCGGAAAUGGAUCAUAUCGUCAACCAAAUGCUGCACAUUGCCCAGUAUCUCGAGUGGGAUCCCACGGAGCUAAGGCCUAUACUGAAGGAGAUGUUACAAGGGAUGGACUACGACCGGGACGGCUUUGUGUCUCUCCAGGAGUGGGUCCACGGAGGGAUGACCACCAUCCCAUUGCUGGUCCUCCUGGGCAUGGACGACUCUGGUCCCAAGGGGGACGGAAGGCACUCCUGGACCUUGAAGCAUUUCAAGAAACCAACCUACUGCAACUUCUGCCACAUCAUGCUGAUGGGUGUUCGGAAGCAAGGCCUGUGUUGCAUUUACUGUAAAUACACUGUCCACGAACGCUGUGUAUCCAAAAACAUACCUGGGUGUGUCAAAACGUACUCAAAAACCAAAAGGGGCGGCGAGGUGAUGCAGCACGCGUGGGUGGAAGGGAACUCCUCUGUCAAGUGUGACCGGUGCCACAAAAGUAUCAAGUGCUACCAGAGUGUCACCGCGCGGCACUGCGUGUGGUGCCGGAUGACGUUUCACCGCAAAUGUGAACUGUCAACGUUGUGUGACGGUGGGGAACUCAGAGACCAUAUUCUGCUGCCCACUUCGAUCUGCCCCGUCACCCGGGACAGGCAAGAUGGGAAGUCGGAUGGUAGCAUGUCAGCCAAGGGUGAACUUAUAAUGCAGUAUAAGAUCAUCCCCACCCCGGGUACCCACCCCCUGCUGGUCUUGGUGAACCCCAAGAGUGGAGGAAGACAAGGAGAAAGAAUUCUUCGGAAAUUCCACUAUCUGCUCAACCCCAAACAAGUUUUCAACCUGGACAAUGGGGGGCCUACUCCAGGACUGAACUUUUUCCGUGAUACUCCAGACUUCCGUGUUUUGGCCUGCGGAGGAGAUGGGACAGUUGGCUGGAUUUUGGAUUGCAUUGAUAAGGCCAGGUUUGCAAAGCAUCCACCCGUGGCCGUCCUGCCUCUUGGAACAGGAAAUGACCUGGCCCGCUGUCUCCGCUGGGGAGGAGGUUACGAAGGGGGCAGCCUGACCAAAAUCCUGAAGGACAUCGAGCAGAGCCCCUUGGUGAUGCUGGACCGCUGGCACCUGGAAGUCAUCCCCAGAGAGGAAGUGGAGAAUGGGGACCAGGUCCCGUAUAGCAUCAUGAACAACUACUUCUCCAUCGGUGUGGAUGCUUCCAUUGCACACAGGUUCCAUAUGAUGCGAGAGAAACACCCUGAAAAAUUCAACAGCAGGAUGAAGAAUAAGCUGUGGUACUUUGAAUUUGGCACCUCGGAGACCUUCGCAGCCACCUGCAAGAAACUCCAUGACCACAUAGAGUUGGAGUGUGAUGGGGUUGGAGUGGACCUGAGCAGCAUCUUCCUUGAAGGCAUUGCUAUUCUCAACAUUCCCAGCAUGUACGGGGGCACCAAUCUCUGGGGAGAAACCAAGAAGAACCGUGCUGUGAUCCGGGAAAGCAGGAAGGUCGUCACCGACCCCAAGGAACUGAAACUCUGUGUCCAAGACCUCAGUGACCAGCUUCUUGAAGUGGUGGGGCUAGAGGGAGCCAUGGAAAUGGGGCAGAUCUACACUGGCCUGAAGAGUGCUGGCAGGAGGCUGGCCCAGUGCUCCUCUGUCUCCAUCAGGACGAACAAGCUGUUGCCAAUGCAAGUGGACGGAGAGCCCUGGAUGCAGCCACCGUGCACGAUUAAAAUCACUCACAAGAACCAAGCACCUAUGAUGAUGGGGCCUCCCCAGAAGAGCAGCUUCUUUUCGCUGAGGAAGAAGAGCCGUUCAAAAGACUAGACCAGGUGCCCAACGCCAGUGCAGCCAAGAGAGAAAGCAAGAAACUGAAACACACACACACACAUACGCACACACAUCACACCACACCGCCACACUCUCUAACCAGUGGAAGCAAAGCCACCCUCUAGGAAGAAAGCUUCACCCUGACAUCCGUUCUCUUACAACAGUGGACACCCCCCAACAAAGGCAGUGCCGGCGGGACGUGUUGAAAGGACUUAGGGCCCACCGGAUGUGGUUGGCUCAUGCAGCACCCUCCACGUUCCCUGAAGGCCUUGAGAGGGACUUCCUGAGACCGCAGAAGAAAUCCCCCUCUCUUUCCACUAGCCCCACAGGUUUCCUCGCAAGGAGCAGGCUGCAGGUUUCCUGCCUUUGGUAAGAUCGGAUGUGGCCAAGGGAAAGCGCUCACAUUCAGAGAGCUUGCACAAAGGUCCCUCUGUGCGGAGACAAGACAGCCUCCGCCUCUCAGAGCACAACCCUUGGCAGGGCUCAGCCCGCGCACACCGACUGCUCUGUCGGUCGGUUGUCCUUCGUCCUUCGAGCGACAGUCAGCUUCUCCUGGAACUUGCUGAGGAGGCAGAAAGUCUGAGGAAAGCUGCGUUUCCUUUCUCGGCCAUGCGCGCGGUCGGUGGGCACUGCUUCUUUUCCCGGAGCCUGCUGGUGGCUGUGUGUUUGUUUAGAGCCGGCUUCCAGAGCCCCGGAGCUGCCUGCACAGCGCACCUUAGAUGUGGUAUUUAUUUUCUUAGUUCUGUGAACACCUGGGAGGGAAAGCGGAGAAACUGGAAUUUAUUUUUCAAAUUGGUGUCAUAAUAUUGUGUAAAAAGGGAAGAAAAAAAAAAACCACCCCCAGCUUCUUUCUUUUUCAAGCCAAAGCUUGUUUCCUGUUUGAGUUCCAAGCCCUGGUGGCAGACUAUUCCUGAAGGCAAAGAAGAUGGGAGGGAAGGGCCUUUUGCCGAGGAGACCAGGAGACAGACCAUCAGGCGGUUCCCUCCUGCCUCUUUGCACCUACCGCUCCCAGAUUAAGACCUCAAGGCCCUUCUGAUGGUCCUAUGUGUGUGUACAUAUAUAUAGUGUAUAUAUUUAUAUGUAUAGAUAUUUAUUUACUGGUGGGUUUUUCCUGAUUGCAAAAAAAAAAAAAGUAUAAGAACAGAAAAUGAGAAACAAAAAGAAGGUUCCCCCCCCCACUUCUUCCAUUUCAUUGUCAAUUUCCUGUGGUGAUCAUGAGAUUUAAGGGAAAUUAAAGUAGCUCCUUAUCAUAAAUAGACUGAGAAUUUCUAUUCUGGAUCCUCAAAACAACCAUGAAAGAUAUGCCAGGCAGGAUUUACUCUCCCAUUUGUCAUAUAAGGAAACUGAGUCUCAGAAAAGUUGAACUUGUCCGUGGUAUCCUGGCUAAUGUGGCUUGGGAAUAGGUGCCACUGAGAAGAGAUUUAAUAGAGAAAAGCACCCACAUAUCUUGGAAUAGAGUCAUUUCUGGUCACUGAGAAGUGAUUCCAUUGGGAUCCAGGUUGCCAGGGAAGAAUGAAUGUGCAACCCACGUGUGGCCGGGACAAGCCCACACGAGAAAGUGAGGGCCACCCGAUGCUUCUCAGAGACUCUCUCUAGCCUGAACUGAUGAGAAUUUGGUCCAGGGUUGAAGGCACUAGAAGAUAAUCAAAUUAAACUCUCCACAUGUCACCUCAUCAUGGUCAUCAGUCUCUUGAUCUGGAAACACCCCUGGCGACAGGGAUGGCCUCAGUGGAGAGUCACGAGGAGGGCAGAGGCGCCUCCUGCCGGGCGCUGCCAGCCAGCAUGACCUUUCAGUUCGGUGGGCUCCAUUCAUCUGGCGCCAGCAUGACCUCCUUCCCUGAGGGCACGUCUGUGGAGAGCUUUGUUGGCGCAUUUGCUUCCUUCAGCCUCCAUCCCCUCUGAGAUUUCUCAAGAGGAAAGCUGGGCCCACUCAACACCACUCCACUGAGCUCCCUCUGUCUCCUUUCACUGGGUCAGGAACUUCGGACAAGAAAGGGAAGAUUAAGAUUGCAUGUACAAAUUGAUUCUAACUCUGGAGGAAGCAGUCCGCUAGGACCAGUCUAGGACAGAGAUCUAGAAUCAACCUGCUCUACCUAACAGUGCAGAACACUGGGCAGAGGGAAAAUAGGCGGCCUGAAGCAUGUCCUGAAUGAUGGGCUCCUUGGUGAUGGGACCAACAAGCCCCAGAAUGAACAACAGGUACCAUCUUGGAAACCACUUGAUUCUGAAAUGAAGGCAGGUUCAGUGCAAGGGUCACUGAUUCUAAAACAUUUACAGAAGUUUUUGCGUGUGUUCCAGCCCCAAUGUCCCAACGUUGAGGCUGUUGAGACACAGCACUGUCAACAGGUGAAACUGAUGCUCGAAGAUCACAUGUCAGAGACUGGCCCCUGCCUGCUCCACUCUAGUGCAUAGGACUUGCAGUGUUGCUUGAGAGACACGUCCCACGUCCUCCGUAGAGCCACAGAGUACAGCAAACAUCGGUGGAAUUGCACUUUCAGUGUUGUAACCUCAGUAAGUCUAGUGUUGUUUAAUCUGACUUUGCAACUCAUCCCUUAACUACUGUGACUGUGGUUUCAGUUCCUAUAGAACACCUCAUCAUAGUGGUCCUCCCAGCAACCCCUGAGGUUGACAGAAAAGGUGGUUAUUAUCCUCAUCUAAAUAAUGAGGGAAAACGAGGCUUAAUAAGACCUGGUGCCGUCUCAAAGUUAGGCAGUCAGGGGAGAAUCCUCCCUUAUUCCUCAUCCUGUUCUGAUUCUGGCCAUGUCACAGACAUGUUUUCACCUGCCCCCACACGUCUGCCCCCCUGGCAAUAAAAGGAAUGAAACAGAAACAGGAAAUCUUCGAUAGAGUAUGUUGUCCCUGGACUAAUGGCUAGGAGCUGCAUCUCAUUAUGACUUGGUCUUUGUGGGUUUCCUCCAGCGAGUUGAGAAUGGAGAUAGACUUAGUAGGAUGAUUAUAUUUCAGGUCAGAGACCAGCUCCUCUCAAGAGAGUUCUUUCCACAGAUGGAAAAGAUAUGUUAAAAUUGCCAAAUAAAUUAGGAAAUACUUGGCAGAAUCUGGAAGAGCCUCCAGACUGGCGUUACAUAACAUGCAUAUACAUUAUACAUAUGCACAUUAUAUAAGGUGACAUAGUACUUAAUGUGCUGUAUAUAUUAUGUAAAUUACAUAUUUGUGAGUAAUCAUGAUAAAUAUAGAGACCCACUAAUCACUUUUUUACACAUACCCAGUGACAGAUUAGGAAGUUACUUUGCCAGAGAGUCUUAAAACUUACUCUCUCCUGCUGCUUUGGUUCCAACUCCUGCCAAAAAUAAUUGCAUCAAGUUUUCCCAUCUCUAGCCCCCUCUCUCUCCUCUUGGCCAGAACCCCCAGUUACCUCCUGUCCUGGCUAGGUUGUACCUUCCGUGGAACACUACUGUGACUGGGCUUCAUAAAAAUAGAAUCUGGGGAUGGGAAGGAUCUGGACUCCCAGAUUCCGUGUCACCAGCCUACGCCUCAGUACCCCCAGGUAGGUGGCUGCCCAAUACUAAGGUUAAAGGGAGCGAUCAGAGGGAAGAGGGAGAGACGAGGAGUCCACCAGCCCCCCGAGGAAGGAAACUUCACAGUGGCCCUUGGCCACGAGCUCCAGGAUCCGACGAUAAUCAAUCAGGAAGUUAUUUCAAAAAUCAAGUCUAAGUUUCCAUAGCAUAUCCAAAGCCGUAAUUUCCUAAAAUGUGUUUCACGCUAUACUGGUGUCCAUAAAAUGCUCCACGAAUGAAGAGUUCUGUGGUCAAGUGCUGGGUUCCCUUCUAGGAAGUACAUAGAGAGGCUUAGUGCUGAGAACUCAGGGUAAAGAACUAGAGAGGCUUUAUUUGUCUGUCAACAGCCAUUGCCUGGAAACAGUGCCUUAAGCCCACCAUCCCUUCUUUUUGUUCUCUGUGGAGAUGGGAACGUGCAGGUAACUGCCCUCUGCAGUCAUAUUGCAAAUAGUACUUUUCUAGGACAAGGAGUCUCUAUUCUGAACACACUCUUUCUAGUUUCUUCUAUGUGAUUGCAUAACUACUUUCAUUAUUUCCCUCUACAUGUCUUCAAGCAAGAAUCAAGAAUCUGGCCUCAUUGUUCCUUGAGUGGAGGAGGGGUUGGGGGAAAAAUAAGGGGAAAACAUGACAGCUGCCAGGGAUCAGACUUCAUCUGUAUAGCUCCAGAGGAGAGGACUGGGUCUAAAGAACACAGCUGGGGAAAGGGUCAAUGUUUAUUCAGUGCAACGACUGCUCUUGGAGCUAGCUGGCCUAACCUGGAAAGAGCUGCCUUGUGGGGGAGUGGAGAGCCACCUGCACUUAUAGGAAAAGCCUUGACCUGGUUGGGGAGGAACAAACAGUGAUUGACCCACCAUGUUUAAAAGCUGUUGAAACCGUUUUUGUAAGCAUCAAUGUUCAAUCAAUAGGUCUAUUACCUCCUUUUGAGCAGCACACAAGUGUCCCUUGUUUUCUGAAAGAAUGAAGAAUGACUCCCAGAGGAAUUUCUGAAUCAGUGGGUACUGACCAGCUAGACUGCACCUACACAUAGUGGGAUCAACCGGAAUCCUAUGCGCCCUCAAGGGCAGCUAGUGGUGGUGGUGGUCUUUCCUCGGGAGCUCUGAGAGUUAAAGGAACGAGUUACAGUGUGUGAAGACCAAAAGAGAUUUUGCACUUUUGUUGGGGUUCAUGUUAGCGGUUUGGAACUCUUCUCCUGGUCACAAAUACCAGAUCUGCAUCCGACUUGGAAUAGCAGCAAGGAAAGCAAAACUCUCCCACAUCGCAGAUAACAAUCCAGUUUUGCAUAAAACUAGUGAAAAGAAUUGUAUAGAAUUUCACAUGGAGCCGUCUUUUGUAGCUCACCUUAAUGUUCCACCAUACUGGAGCACAUCUGUUAACUUUCUGCUGUAGAGAGAAAACAGGAAAGGGAAUUCCCACGUCGGGCUGACUGGGUGCAAGGCAGUGUGUCAAGGCCUUUUUGUGUGCUAUCCCAUUUAAUCCUCCGAACAGCCUAGGAUGUGGGCAUUGUGCGUAUUUCACAGAUAAAGGAGUUAGUGCAUAGAAAGGUAAAGUCCAAGGUCAAAGAGAUAGCAAGUGGUAGAGCAAGGACUAGACGUGGGUCUGUCUUACAUCAACAUUUGUGCUUUUUCUACUAUAUUUUAGUGCUUUUAACAUUCUUAUCUAUUUCCAACUCUACUAUUAUCCUAGGUGAGAUUACACAGCAAUGACAAAUUGAUGUCCCAUCUGGUCAACCUCUAUAGAGCCAUCUAAUCAUGUUCCUACUGAAGAACUUCCAGUGCUUGCUCACAUUUCAACUCAACAGCCUCCAUGCGCAGCUAGAAAACCGAACCUCCUCCUUGCAGACAAACUGGCAGCCAUCCCUGAAUCCUCAAUGUUUCAAAUUCUGGCUGAAUGGGAGUCGUGUCCCAAGGCCUGCCUAAGAGAUUUUCUAUUCAACUCUGUGAGUGGGAGAGCAGCAAGCAGCCUUCUCAGACUUAAAUGGUCAGCAGUGCCUGGCCUGCAUGGGGAAGGCGGGCUCGGGUUGUGGAAGGGAGCCUCCAGUGAGAAGGCUCUGCAUGUGAUCCUCAUUAGUGAUGGGCGUGGGCUGGGCCAUCUGUGUUCCACAGGAGAACAGAAUGUCAGGCUGCCUUUCAGAUGCCAAGAGAUGCUAUCUAAUGGCGAGAUCCAGAGAGCUCAAAAAGCAAAGAGGCAUCUUUCCUCCUGAGCAUAUCUGUAGGAAGCCAGGGGCACAGAAAACCAAGGGGUUUUGGAAAUUAGCUGCUUAACUUGCGGGGCAUUUCACCCUUGCUACCAGUGCAUUCUUCAUGUCCAUGGUGUAAGACGGCUAGCAGAGCUCGGCAGCCUCAUCUGCUAACUAAACUCCCUCAGAUGGACCCCAAGCUGAACCUCUGUUGACCUGAAAUCUGUAGAUGCAAUGGCAGGUGCAUUACAGCAAGGCACCAGUUUGCAGUUAAGCCUCUGGGUCUCCCAGGGGUCAGGAAACACUAGAGGUAGAGAGAUCAUCUAAUUGGAUGCUGGAUGCAGAUUCUAGAGGAUAAUCAGAAAACUUGGAGAACUAGUCUAAAUGUGUCAAAUUAGAAAAUGCAAUUUGGAAGCAAAGAGGAUAACAUCUACCCCAGUAUCUAGCAUGUAGUAGGUAAUGAGUAAAUACUGUUAAAUGAAUGAAUAGCUGAAGUGGGUAUCUUUCCUUCCACCCUGGAAUGGGUAAGGCAAGGGGAGGGUGGUUGGUAGAGGGGAUGAAAGCUUUUUAACUAACAACUCAGGAACUUGAAACCACAGGAUGUAGAGGGAGCUCAUGGGGGCCUUUAGCUACUUAGACAUCUGUUGAGUGAUGGAUACAGCUAAAUAUGGAUCAUCAAAGGGCUCUCUAGGUCACAUGGAGGGCAGCUUCAUGAUUCAGAAAAUAUGAAAUUCAACUCAGACAGAAAGACAGAAAUAUUUGCUAUCUACUUCUUGGAGAUCAGGUCAGAACUGACCCAAAAAAAAAAAAAAAAGCACAGACAUGGAAUCACAACACAGUAAGAAAUCAGCA